AUGGGCUUCCUUCAUGGCUUUCUCUCCCAGCCGACAACCUAUGCUAUACUGGCCUUGGUGGUUAUUCCGGUCACAGCUCUGGCGUGGGACAGGCUGCCGGGUUUGCUGCCUUCUGCAAAGAGGUUAUUGGUUGGCAAAAAGAAUCCCUCUGAGAUAACCUCAAUGGAGUGCCCUUAUAGUUACAUCCGAGAGAUAUACGGAAUGCAUCACUGGGCACCAUUCGUUAACAAACUCUCUCCCAAGCUCAAGGCAGAGAGUCCGGCAAGGCACCACAUGAUCCUCGAGAUCAUGGAUGGAAUUCAUCUUUGCCUGAUGCUUGUUGAUGAUAUUAGUGACAACAGUGACUAUCGGAAAGGGCGUCCCGCAGCCCAUCGCAUUUAUGGUCCUUCGGAGACAGCAAACCGAGCGUACUAUCGGGUAACCCAACUACUGAAUCGCACCGUGCACGAGUACCCGGAGCUUGCACCUUGGCUGCUUCAAUGCCUUGAAGAGAUCCUACAAGGACAAGACCUCUCACUUGUCUGGCGCCGGGACGGCCUCUCUGCCUUUCCCGUCCAGUCAGAGGAGCGAGUGGCGGCAUAUCGCCGAAUGGCAUAUUUGAAGACAGGUGCCCUCUUCCGCCUAGUAGGGCAGCUUGUACUAGAGAAUCAAUCAUACGAUGAUACGUUGACUACAGUAGCAUGGUAUUCACAACUGCAAAACGAUUGCAAGAACGUGUACUCCUCCGACUAUGCAAAAGCCAAGGGAGCUAUUGCCGAAGACCUACGCAAUGGCGAGCUUACUUACCCAAUUGUUGUCGCCUUAAACGCUUCUCAGGGGCACCAUGUGGCGCGAGCUUUGGAGUUUCGAUCGCCACAUAAUAUCCGACAGGCUCUACGAGUGAUCCAGAGUGAACAGAUUAUUUGGGGGCCUGUUGACUAUCUAUUAAAAUGUCCUGGAAAGGAUAUCCGUCGCAAGUUCAUGCAAGCCUUCAAUGAAUGGUUACGAAUUCCAGAGGACAGGUUGAACAUCAUCGCCGAGAUUGUUGGUUUACUGCACACAGCGUCACUCUUGAUCGACGACAUUCAAGAUUCAUCCAAGCUGCGACGAGGGAUACCUGUAGCCCAUUCCAUAUUCGGUGUCGCGCAAACUAUUAACUCCGCGAACUACGCCUACUUUGCCGCCCAGGAGAAGCUCAGAGAGCUCAACCGCCCCAAGGCGUACGAAGUCUUUACUGAAGAGCUACUCCGUUUACAUCGGGGGCAGGGUAUGGAUCUAUAUUGGCGAGACUCCCUGACCUGCCCCACUGAGGAAGAGUAUAUCGAGAUGAUUUCGAACAAGACGGGCGGUCUUUUCCGGUUGGCAAUCAAGCUUAUGCAGCUGGAGAGUGAGAUAUCGAGCGAUUUCCUCGGCCUUGUGGAUCUUUUGGGCAUCAUCUUUCAGAUCCGUGACGACUAUCAGAAUCUUCAAAGUGACUUGUACAGCAAAAACAAAGGGUUCUGUGAAGACCUCACGGAAGGUAAAUUUUCUUUUCUGAUCAUCCACAGCAUCAAUAGUAAUUCUGGUGAUCAACAACUGCUCAAUAUCCUCCGGCAGCGCAGCGAGGAGGAGUCGGUGAAGAAAUACGCCGUGGAAUAUAUUCGGUCCACAGGAUCUUUCGACUACUGUCAAGAGCGACUGGCAUCCUUGCUGCAUGAAGCAAAGAUGAUGGUCAACGUACUAGAAGAGAACGUUGGGUUUUCCAAGGGAAUCUAUGACAUCUUAGCUUUCUUACUAUGA